AUGAAUAUUGGUACCCGAUUCCAAACCAUAGAGUUAGCCAUAAAACAUACGCUUCUUAAAGAAAAUGGAAAAACUCUAAUUAUCACUGCAGGGCAGUCUCCAAGAGAAUAUAUAGAACAAGAAAUUCCUUCAAAUCGAAGGAAAAAAGACAGUCCCAGAAAUGAUAGCAAUUCCAAUAUUCCUAGCGAUAUAUAUUUUGGAAGUAUCUGGUCUAUUGUCCAAUCUACAGACAAUGUUGGUGUACUGUUCUUAGAUAAAGUGCAAUAUAUUUUUUUAUAUUUGACCCAACUGGCAUCUGUUUCGAAAGAUGCGUUGAAGUAUGAUACAUUGAUCGUAUUUGGCUUGGAUUCCCUACUCAUGGAAUUUACAACUACUAUACCAACAAACAAAGAUGAUGAGAAUACUCUAAAUAAAGUAGAAUAUCUACGAUAUGCCAACCUAAUACUAGGGACGAUAAGCCAAUUAGCAACCAAUGGCAUAGAUGUCAUAUUGGUUCCAUUCGAAAAGAACCAAAAUAUGGCGCAUACUAAAAUUAUAUCUCGUUUAAUUGAAUACUGGAACACACUUUACUAA